AUGGCGUCAAACAGUAUAUUAUUUGUGAUAUGGUGUGAUGGUAGCAUCAUAAACUCCCCCCGCGGAGUUGAAUAUUUGGGGGGUAGAUAUGUUCAUGUGCCGAUUAAUGGAAGAAUAAAUUUUGGGGAGUUGGCCGAAAUCUGUAGAACAGCAGUAUCUACUAGUGUGAGCCCUCGGGAGGUCACGAAAAUUUAUUUUCGGCUACCUCAUGUUGAAAGGUACGAGAUAUGUUCAUACUCGUUGUUCGAAGUGCAAGAUGACCAACACGUAUUUGCGAUUCUGAACCAGACAGCUCGAAUGCCGACGUUGAACGUGUUAGAGUUCUACGUGGAGUAUCAUAUUUCGGCUUCUAAUGAAACUUCGAUGCAACUAGAUUUAUGUUCUAGUGAGUCUGAGAGAGGCAGUGUGGAAGAGGAAGAAGACGAGCACUAUGAUAGUGAGGAAGAGGAUAUGGAGGAUAUUCUAAUCGCUGAAGAACCAAGUUAUAUUACACAUUACCAGUCUCGACUUCCGCAACACAUACGAUGUGUCGAUCUUAGUGACUUUGAUGUGGACGAGACAUGGGAAGCGCCGAACAUUGAAUGGCAGCGUGGGAUGGAAUUUCAAACCGGGAUGAUUUUCUCGAGUCGAUUGGCUGUGCGAACAUGUGCCAUUACUUAUUCGGUUGAUAAUGGACGAGAGUUUAAGAGUCACCGGACAACAAAAACAACACUGGUCCUAGUUUGCAAGCAUCGAGAAAUGUGCAAUUGGUGGCUGCGGGCCACCCUGCUUCAGAAAACCAACACAUGGGCGUUGACAAAAUAUAGAGGGCCACACAAAUGCGAUAUGCUAGCGUCAACUCGUAACCACAGAAAUUUUGGAAUUAUUCAAAUUGCCGAUUUUAUUAAGAGUCAAGUGUUGGGGCAGCGUGAUAUUCGGAUUAAGACGCUUAUGGCAGGGAUUUUAGAAUCCUUAGGACUGGCCCUUCCAUAUAAGCGGGUGUGGUAUGGAAAGGAGAGAGCAAUUAGCAGCGUCUACGGGGACUGGGAAUAUAACUACACGCAAAUCACGAAAUUCAUGGAUAAUGUGGUCCAAGUGAAUCCUGGAUCCUUUUGGCAUGGUGAAGGCCGCCUAACUGAUUGCAGUGGGGUGCAAUGUAGAAUUUUCAAACGAAUGUUUUGGACCUUCUUUCCGAUGGUUGACGGAUUUCCAUUUUGCAAACCAAUUCUAUUCAUCGACGGGACGCACUUAUAUGGUAAAUACAAAUUGCAUAUGUUGAUAGCGUCGGCGGUAGAUGGCAACAACCACAUAAUGCCAGUGGCGUUUGCAAUAGUUGAAUCCGAAUCUAGUGAGAGUUUUGAAUAUUUUUUGAAUCAUCUUGGAGAUCAAGUCAUUCGCGACCGAAAGGUGGCCAUUGUAUCAGAUCGUGCUCCCGGAUUAAUAUCGGUUUUGAGGCGUCCGGAAUGGGAAGGGAUUGAUCAUUUUUUCUGUAUUCGGCAUUUAAUGGCUAAUUUCCACACUCAUAUAAGAAAUAAUGAUAUGAAGUUGCUGGAUGAGAAAGCAGGUCGGACUUUUCAAGAGAAAAAGUACAAGCGAUACAUGGCCACUAUGGCAAUAAGAUCUCCGGCGGGGUAUGCUUAUUUGACCGAUGAGAGAUAUCUUAAGAAAGAACAGUGGGCUUUGUGUUGGGACAUUAAGGCGCAAAGGAACGGUGUAAUGACGACGAACUACGCCGAGUCCAUUAAUGCAACUCUAAAGAAUGUAAGGGGGCUUCCAAUCACAGCGAUGAUAGAGGCUAUCUUUGACAGACUCAGCGAUAUGUUCGUCAAGCGUUGGGAAAUGUAUAAAGGGAUAAUCGCCCAAGGCGUCAUGUUCACUCUGAUCUGCAACACGCAUAUGAAAAAUGCAACAUUAAAGGCCCGCACACAUAAACUCAAGAAAUAUAACCCGGACACCCUGACUUAUAGAGUGAUUACCAAGAAAGACAAUUUUCGAAGAAAGGGAGGAAAUAUUCAGAAGGUCAACCUUCAAAUGAUGAAGUGCACGUGCGGGAAGUUCCAACACCGCCAGAUCCAUUGCUCCCAUGCCAUGGCAGUCAUUCAGCAAGAAAAGUUAAACCCUCACAACUACGUAGGGUGGCGGUACCAAACCAAGAAUGCCAUACAAGCAUGGAAUACUCAAUUUAAUCAAUUACCUACCGACGAGAUGUGGAUUGGUUCUCGGGAGGUGCCAUUUAUUACAGACAUUAACUUGAUAAGAAAGAAGGGACGGCCGGUCGACUUUCACGGGGAUACCGAGGAUUUCGUCCGACAGUAUUACGGGUCUACGACGUAUUAUGGGAGUACCUCAGCGCAGACACAGUGCCCACCAGCUGCAUCAUUUUCGGUACCACCUACGGACCCUCUCCCGGCACAGGAUGAUUUCUUUGGGGAUACCGAGGACUUCAUUCGCCGAUAUCCAGCUUCGUCUUUUACGGUACCGCCUGCGUCUGUACCCUAUGUAGGCCCGUCAUUUGGGCAGGCAGAUUACAUUACGCCGCUGGCCACUCCUCCUCCACAGUUCUCACAGCAUCCGGCUUUUGCUUUUACCCCGUUCCAGGCGACUCAGACGGCGCAGACACCUCCUCCUCAGACACCUACGUAUUUGCCGACUGUUCCUGUAUUUGACGAUUCUUGGAACUUUAGCUCCCUGACCACUCCUCCCUCACAGCGGUCCCGACUUAUGGAGGAGGGCUACAUUCCGAUGCUGCCAGGUCAAGAUCCGGGCUCCUCUUCUCGCCCGACUCAGAGUCCCUCCCAUAUGCAUUUUUCUCUGGAUGACCCUUGGAUCUACAAUUUGGUUCAGGACCCACAGCCGUUUAGUGACUUCUAAGGAAUGCAGGCUCCUUCUUUUUCUCUGGGAUUAGGGUUAGACCCCUCCUCACAGGCUCCUGCUCCUGAUGUGCAUGAUGAUGACGAAAUUGAGGAUGUGGCCAGUCCAGUCGCCGAUAGUGGAGAGAGAAGCUCCGGACCAGAUGGAAGACGUUACCGCCGAUUAACUGAUAGUCAGAUGAGUCGACGUGUCAACAAGGGUUACGACAUGAGGACACGCUUACGGAGUCCUGAUAGAUCAGACUUUACUGAGUAGUUUUAUUAUUUUUGUACAAUUUUUUAUUUUUGCAUUAUUAAUUUAUUUACGGUUACUUUUAAUUGUGUAUAAUUUCAUUAUUAAUUUAUCUUUAUCGCUUGCAUAUUAGUCGGAAA